AUGGCCAGAUACUGGGCCAUCGCCUUGCUGCUGUGGAUCACAACAACUUCUCCCAUACGUAGCCUGGCUCCGUUGCUCUCCCCCUGGGACUCGACAAAGUAUCUCUCUUUUUUUGACAACCCUUCUCUACUUGUACUUGAACUCUUUUUGUGGGAUUGGGCAUUUCUCUCAUUUGGAGUUCCCCAUAUCUGCCUGAACCUCUCGCUGGGCCGAUCUUGGAUUAACCUGUAUCCUCUCCAAAAGGCAAGGAAAUCGCCUCUUGCAGCUGCCCGGGAGUUAUUCAGCAUUACUCGCGACUUCUUGCCCAGCCUACGAAGAUACGUCGUCCAUAUCUCUAGGCUAGCUUAUGGUGUGCUCUUCAGUGUGAGAGAUCUUGUACAGGUCUCCUCUGCCGGCUCUGCCGGCUCUGCCGGUGUUGGAACGCCCAAAGGCAAGCAAAAGGGCUGA